CCGGCCCCCCGCCGCCGGAGCUGCCGCCGCCGCCGCCGCCUCAGCCGCCGCUGGACGAGGAGCAGCAGAACAUGGCGCCGGGGCCGCCGUCGCCGCUGCCGGGAUCCCGAAGGCCAGGGCGGCGCUGAGGGCGCCCAGCUGGAAGAAAUGUUGGCUAUUCGGUGAUGAGAAGUGGCAAAAACUGACCUCGUACUGGUGUACAAACACUAUGAGAUCUGACACUUUUGCUUCGUGGGCAGCCAGCCCCCACUGAUAAUGUGGGGAAGCCUUUGGGUCCAUGGGAAAACACUAAUCUAAUCUUGGAAGUGGCGGAUUGUGGCAGGAUGUGUCGACGAUGAUGAUGGCAAGAAAGCAAGAUGUCCGCAUCCCCACCUACAACAUCAGCGUGGUGGGAUUGUCUGGGACGGAGAAGGAGAAGGGCCAGUGCGGCAUUGGGAAGUCUUGUUUGUGCAACCGCUUCGUGCGCCCGAGCGCAGACGAGUUUCAUUUGGACCAUACCUCUGUCCUUAGCACCAGUGACUUUGGUGGGCGAGUGGUCAAUAAUGACCACUUUCUCUACUGGGGAGAAGUCAGCCGUUCCCUGGAGGAUUGUGUGGAAUGUAAGAUGCAUGUUGUGGAGCAGACCGAAUUCAUUGAUGAUCAGACUUUUCAACCUCAUCGGAGCACGACCCUGCAGCCGUAUAUCAAGAGAGCCGCUGCAACCAAGCUUGCAUCAGCUGAAAAACUCAUGUACUUUUGCACUGACCAGCUGGGGCUGGAGCAGGACUUUGAGCAGAAGCAAAUGCCAGAUGGAAAGCUGCUGAUUGAUGGUUUUCUUCUUGGUAUUGAUGUUAGCAGGGGCAUGAAUAGGAACUUUGAUGACCAGCUCAAGUUCGUCUCUAAUCUCUACAAUCAGCUCGCAAAAACAAAAAAGCCCAUAGUGGUUGUCCUGACGAAGUGUGAUGAGGGUGUUGAGCGGUACAUUAGAGAUGCGCAUACUUUUGCCUUAAGCAAAAAGAACCUCCAGGUUGUGGAAACCUCAGCAAGAUCCAAUGUAAAUGUGGACUUGGCUUUCAGCACCUUAGUGCAACUCAUUGACAAGAGUCGGGGAAAGACAAAAAUCAUUCCAUACUUUGAAGCUCUCAAGCAGCAGAGCCAACAGAUAGCUACAGCAAAAGACAAAUAUGAGUGGCUGGUGAGUCGCAUUGUGAAAAACCACAACGAGAACUGGUUGAGUGUCAGCCGAAAGAUGCAGGCCUCUCCCGAGUACCAGGACUAUGUCUACCUGGAAGGGACUCAGAAAGCCAAGAAGCUGUUUCUCCAGCACAUCCAUCGCCUCAAACAUGAGCACAUUGAGCGCAGGAGGAAGCUCUACCUGGCAGCCCUGCCCUUAGCUUUUGAAGCUCUUAUCCCCAACCUAGAUGAAAUAGACCACCUAAGCUGCAUAAAAGCCAAAAAGCUGCUGGAGACCAAGCCAGAAUUCUUGAAGUGGUUUGUUGUGCUUGAGGAGACGCCGUGGGAUGCCACCAGCCACAUUGACAACAUGGAGAAUGAGCGGAUUCCCUUCGACUUAAUGGACACCGUCCCCGCAGAGCAGCUGUACGAGGCCCACUUAGAGAAGCUACGGAACGAGAGGAAACGAGCUGAGAUGAGAAGGGCAUUUAAAGAAAACCUGGAGACCUCUCCUUUCAUCACUCCAGGCAAGCCUUGGGAAGAGGCCCGCAGUUUUAUUAUGAACGAAGAUUUCUACCAGUGGCUAGAGGAAUCUGUGUACAUGGAUAUUUAUGGCAAACACCAAAAGCAGAUUAUAGACAAAGCGAAGGAAGAGUUUCAGGAGCUGCUGCUGGAAUAUUCAGAGUUGUUUUAUGAGCUGGAGCUGGAUGCUAAGCCCAGCAAGGAGAAGAUGGGUGUCAUCCAGGAUGUGCUUGGGGAGGAACAGCGGUUUAAAGCGUUGCAGAAGCUCCAAGCAGAGCGGGAUGCCCUUAUUCUGAAGCACAUUCAUUUCGUGUACCACCCAACCAAGGAGACGUGUCCUAGCUGCCCCGCCUGCGUGGACGCUAAGAUUGAGCACUUGGUUAGUUCUCGGUUUAUCCGACCAUCUGACCGGAAUCAGAAGAAUUCACUCUCUGACCCCAACAUUGAUAGAAUCAACUUGGUGAUCUUGGGCAAGGACGGCCUUGCCCGGGAGUUGGCCAAUGAGAUUCGAGCUCUUUGUACAAAUGAUGACAAGUAUGUAAUAGAUGGGAAAAUGUAUGAGCUCUCCCUAAGACCAAUAGAAGGGAACGUUAGGCUUCCCGUGAACUCUUUCCAGACACCAACGUUUCAGCCCCAUGGUUGUCUCUGCCUGUACAAUUCAAAGGAGUCUCUGUCGUACGUGGUAGAGAGUAUAGAGAAGAGCAGAGAGUCCACACUUGGCCGGCGAGAUAAUCAUUUAGCCCAUCUCCCCCUGACUUUAAUUUUAGUUAACAAAAGAGGAGACACCAGUGGAGAGACCCUGCACAGCUUAAUACAGCAGGGUCAGCAGAUUGCUAGCAAACUUCAGUGUGUCUUUCUCGACCCUGCUUCCGCUGGCAUCGGUUAUGGGCGCAACAUCAACGAGAAGCAGAUCAGUCAGGUUUUGAAAGGUCUCCUGGACUCCAAGCGUAACUUAAACCUGGUCAGUUCCACCGCUAGCAUCAAAGACCUGGCUGACGUCGACCUGCGGAUUGUCAUGUGUCUGAUGUGUGGGGAUCCUUUUAGUGCAGACGACAUACUCUUUCCUGUCCUUCAGUCCCAGACCUGUAAGUCUUCCCACUGUGGAAGCAACAACUCUGUUUUACUUGAACUCCCAAUCGGACUACACAAGAAGCGCAUCGAACUGUCUAUCCUUUCAUACCAUUCCUCAUUUAGCAUCCGAAAAAGCCGAUUGGUCCAUGGGUACAUUGUGUUUUACUCAGCCAAACGUAAGGCCUCCUUGGCUAUGUUACGUGCCUUUCUCUGUGAAGUGCAGGAUAUUAUCCCCAUUCAGCUGGUUGCACUCACUGAUGGCGCUGUAGACGUCCUGGAUAAUGACUUAAGUCGGGAGCAGCUGACCGAGGGGGAGGAGAUAGCUCAAGAAAUUGACGGGAGGUUCACGAGUAUCCCCUGUAGCCAACCCCAGCAUAAACUUGAGAUCUUCCACCCCUUUUUUAAAGAUGUGGUGGACAAAAAGAACAUCAUUGAGGCUACGCAUAUGUACGACAAUGCUGCUGAGGCCUGCAGCACCACCGAAGAGGUGUUUAACUCCCCCCGGGCAGGCUCCCCACUCUGCAACUCCAACCUGCAGGACUCAGAGGAGGACAUCGAGACCCCGUCGUACAGCGUGUUUCGAGAAGACACACCGCUGCCAGCUCUGUCCAAAGACCAUUCCAAGCUCUCUAUGGAACUGGAGGGAAAUGAUGGGCUGUCCUUCAUCAUGAGCAACUUUGAGAGUAAACUGAACAACAAGGUACCUCCGCCAGUCAAACCAAAGCCUCCUGUCCAUUUUGAAAUCACCAAGGGGGAUCUGUCUUACCUAGACCAGGGCCAUAGAGAUGGACAGAGGAAGUCCGUCUCGUCGAGCACCUGGCUACCUCCAGAUGGGUUUGAUCCUUCUGAUUAUGCUGAACCCAUGGACGCUGUGGUCAAGCCAAGGAACGAAGAAGAAAACAUAUACUCGGUGCCCCAUGACAGCACACAGGGCAAGAUCAUCACCAUUCGGAACAUCAACAAAGCCCAGUCCAACGGCAGCGGGAACGGUUCCGACAGCGAGAUGGACACCAGCUCCUUGGAGCGGGGCCGCAAGGUAUCCAUCGUGAGCAAGCCAGUGCUGUACAGGACGAGAUGCAGCCGGCUGGGGAGGUUUGCCAGUUACCGAACCAGCUUCAGCGUGGGGAGCGAUGACGAGCUUGGGCCCAUCCGAAAGAAAGAGGAGGAUCAGGCAUCCCAGGGUUAUAAAGGAGACAAUGCCGUCAUUCCAUAUGAGGCUGACGAAGACCCGAGGAGGAGGAAUAUUCUUCGCAGUCUAAGAAGAAACACUAAGAAACCAAAGCCCAAGCCCCGGCCGUCGAUCGCAAAGGCAGCCUGGGAGAGUAACUAUUUCGGGGUGCCCUUGACGACUGUGGUGACUCCGGAGAAGCCGAUUCCCGUGUUCAUCGAGCGAUGCAUCGAGUACAUUGAAGCCACAGGGCUGAGCACUGAAGGCAUCUACCGGGUCAGCGGGAACAAGUCAGAGAUGGAGAGUCUGCAGAGACAGUUUGACCAAGAUCACAACCUGGAUUUGGCAGAGAAGGACUUCACGGUGAACACCGUGGCGGGGGCCAUGAAGAGCUUUUUCUCAGAACUGCCAGACCCCCUGGUCCCGUACAAUAUGCAGAUCGACCUGGUGGAGGCCCACAAAAUCAAUGACCGGGAGCAGAAGUUGCACGCCCUUAAGGAGGUACUCAAGAAGUUUCCAAAAGAGAAUCAUGAAGUGUUCAAGUACGUCAUCUCUCACCUGAACAGAGUCAGCCACAACAACAAGGUGAACCUCAUGACCAGCGAGAACCUGUCCAUCUGCUUCUGGCCCACCCUGAUGAGGCCGGACUUCAGCACCAUGGACGCCCUCACGGCCACGCGCACCUACCAGACAAUCAUCGAGCUCUUCAUCCAGCAGUGCCCCUUCUUCUUCCACAACCGGCCCAUCAGCGAGCCCCCUGGUGCCACGCCCAGCUCCCCCUCUGCCCUGGCCUCCACCGUGCCCUUCCUCACCUCCACGCCCAUCACAAGUCAGCCGUCGCCGCCCCAGUCGCCUCCGCCCACCCCCCAGUCCCCAAUGCAGCCGCUGCUCCCCUCCCAACUUCAAGCCGAACACACGCUGUGAGCCCCUGAGGCCUCGGGCUGAAGGAGACAAGGUCUUCUCUCUUGACGGGGUGGCACUGGGCCUUGAACAGAACCAGGCCUGCUGGGGUGGGGCGGGGAGGGUCCCCUCUCCUCUCGCCUUCUCCAGCCCGCAGCACUAGCAGCCGCCAACAGAAGGCGCAGGCUGGGCCGGCCGCUGCCCUGAGCCCAGCACUGCAGACCUGGGGUUGGCUGCAGGCCGUGGCGGGAGCCCUGCUCUGUGGCAUGGACCCUUUUGCGGACUGAACGAGGCAGGCAGGGGCCCUUCACACCCUCACUGCUCCCUGGACCCCUCCCCACCAUCUGUGCACACCAGCCUCAGGGCCGCCGCCCACUGGGCAGAGCCUGGCGUCGGCCGGGAGGAGGAGAUCCUGAGGUCCGACUGCCCCAGGGCAGGGCCAGCAGCCCCUCACGAGGACACGUCCCUCUGCUGCGCCCGGCACUCCCCACCCUUGGCGGGUGCAGCCUGCCCGGCAGCCUCCUUGGGAACAUGUAGGCCAGCUCUGCCACCCUAAGGUACAGUCCCGUCUGAGGGCGUUGGCCCAGCAGGUCAGGACAGAGGAGGCCAGCUCUUUCUGGACCAGGGAGCAUGGGCGCAUCCGCCCCCAUGCACCCCGCCCCACUUCACAGGCUUUGGGGAUCCAUUCCCUUUAAAACAAAGGAACACUGGAAGAAAAAUGGAGAGACAUCCCUCCCCCAAUAAUUCUUAAAAAGGAAGAAAACUACAGACCUCAAGAUGAAGCUCUCGCCCCAGCUCUGCCGAGAGGCACGCAAGUGGAGGGCGACCCGUCUUGGUGACAGCGAGACCGGGGUGCCCGGGUGGCAGCCUGAGGGCCUGUUGGGGCCCCACUUAGGUCCUGGCACUAGGCCCCUCCCCCGCCCCAGGUGUAUGGCUCGAGCCCCUUGGCAGAAAGAGCUGGGGGCCUGCGGGGGACACUGCCCCUCGUGCGCAGGGAGGGAGUGGGGUGGCGGGAGGUGCCCGCAGGCACGUGGGGAUUGGUUCCGUGUAUUUGGUGUUGAAGUAGAAUCAUUUUCCUCCUGGGCCAGCAGGGCUGUCCGUGGGAAGUGGGCUGUGUCAGGGGACUCCGAGGGUGUGACGGUUGCUGGUGUGUGCAGGGCCGGCCUUCCUGCUCCCCGGCCAUCAGUGCCCAGAGGAGCUGCCGGUACAGAGGCGGUCAGUCAGGACGGGGCGGCGUGCCUGCCCGUCACCAUUCUCCACGGGCUUCCCCACCCUUCCUGGCCUUUCCACUGGCCUCUGGGAGAAGCUUCCUCAUCGUGCCCCCCUUUGCCCCACCCCACCCCCAAACAGCGACCCUGCUAAGGCUGCUACAGAUACGGCUGCCCCCAUCCCGUGGCUGGGCCAUGCCUCCGCAGUGGAGAAGCCACUAAGGUACCCUGGGCGUGGGGGCGUGGGGUGGAGGCCCGCCUGCCGCACAGUCCUCCGGGGCUCUCUUUGCACUUUAAGAAGCAGCACCGGUGGUAUGUUCGAGGCCGCUGACAAAGUGAGAGACGCCUCAGACAGUCUCGGCCACCCCUAGCCCCAGACGCUUCCCGCUGGCUGUUGGAGGGCGGGCCAGGCCCUGUGCCCACCGACUCUUCCUCUGGAUAAGCUGGAUGUCGCACUGUCUCUAGUUCUUGUACAGCAAAAUAAGGUGCUUGGAAAAACUACAUGUCCCCUGCACGUUUUACCGCCUCCUUAAGGACACAAGUCAGAAAACCUAAGGUACAUGAACGUCUUACUGUCAGAUGCCGGAUCUCUUCUGGCAGAUCUGUGUCUGAUGCUUUAUCAGUUGGGGCUUGGCUGGAGGGGGACAUUGCUUAGUUUUGACUUGAGGUCGGCAGACUCCUGCUUCUCUAGCCCUGCAGCUGCCCCAGUGCUGAGUCCCAGGCAGGUAUGCACAUGACUCCAUUGACUAAUCAGCCUUUUUCUAGGUCAUGCUCGCUUAUUCCCAGGCAGCCCUUCAAGGUAUUGGGUGGGGGUGGAAAGGAAGCCUGGAAAGUGGCCUGGGAACACUGUCCCAUGUGUCAGCUAAAGCAGAAGCUUGCUUCCCUCCCACCUCUGUUGGCACCCUGGACCACGCUGCCACCUGCACCCUUGGCUCUGCACCAGGAACUUCACAAGCCCCCAACUGUCCUGCCUUCCCACGCCACCCCCUCCCUGAGACCGCAGUUCUCUUAAGUGGUAGGUGACUUCUGGAAGAAGAAAGGGCACAGUAAGGGUGGAAACCUGUGCUUUGCACCCUUAACCCUUGUGGGAGUAGCGGAGACCAGGCUUCCGCGGCUCCACGGGGUCGCUGCCGGUCCCACAGCGCCCCCUGCUAGCCAGCCCGACAGCUGCAGGGGCCCCUCAGGCCUGCACCCAGAAUCCUUCCAGGGCUUUAACCGCAGGUGGGGACUGGUGGCUCGUUCCCCAGAGAGCCACAGUUGGACAGGAAGUUCCAGGGGUUCCUCUCUAUUUCCUUUGCUAAUUCUUCUCAUUUUCUGCUUCUCAGGCUGGCUUGGGCUUGGAGGACAUUUCUCGAUCGUUCCGAGUUGGCAUUCCCACCGUCAGCAGUGCUAGUUAGGGGGCAGAGAGUGUUGGUAUUUGGACCAAAUGGGCACUCAGAGGGGGACCCAUGAAGGAGAGUGGGUGUGUGCGGGGGCAGGCCAACCUUAACUGGAACUCUGCCCACCCCACCCAUUUAUCUAGUGUGCUAAGCUCUAGAAAGUUCUUCCGCAGGUCAUUCUCAUGCGAGUGGCACCACAACUCUAGGAAUUAAGGGCGGCGAGGAUGUUACUAGCCUUGGCCCAACUGGGAAAGCCUUGCGAUGGAGACACGGGGCUUGUGAAAUAGUGGGGCGCCCGGAAGCUCUUCCCCGUCCAGGUCCCCGAAGGUGCAGACCCCGAGGCCAGAAGUAGACAGCCCUGGCUGUGUCAGGCUGGCUCUGGAGGAAGGCUUCACGGAAGGAAGUGGUCCACGGGUAGGGCCGUGGUUUGCAAGUUCGCCUCAGUCCUUGGCUGUGUUGCAUGUGGUUAUCACAGUGCAUUUGUCCCUGCAUUCGGUCAAGUUCUUCCCAACACUUGACCUUCCAAGGAGGAAUGCUAAAAUGCUGUUCCCCAGCUUUCCUCCAGGCUGAACGCGUGCUGCAGGUGCGGUUCUUCUAGCAGGCUGUAUCUUGGUCAGGGUGGGCAGAGGGUGACCUCCUCGGAGCAGCACGCUGGCCAGAAGGGGCUGGAGAGCUCGCCUCCACUCGUCCCUGUGCCUCAGUUUCCUGUGGAGGGGGCGGCCCUGGCGGGCUGCCUGCCCCCAGGCCGGGAGGUCAAGCCAGUUCCCUGCAGCACUUGUGAUCCGAGCUCCUCUCCACCCUCACCCUCCCCCGUCCCCUCCUACAAGGAGAUCCACACUGCUUGGGGGCUGUCUCAGGUGGCGGCUCUGUCCUGCUCGGCCAGUGGCUGCCUUCCCAGGAGGAGGAGGCUCCAGGGACUUGGGCUAGCCGCUGGGGACAGCCACGGCGCUCACCCCCAGGGCCUCCAGUUCCCGCAGACGGUGGACGGAGGUCUUGCCCUCCUGUUGCUUGGCAGGUUCAAGCCGCCCAUUCAUGCUUAGGUGAAAGGACGACUGAGUCGUGUGUGCUGGAAACCUGGGCCACAUGUGGUGAUGCUACGGCAGAAGGCCUGGGGCCAGGAGGGGCCUGCACCAAGGCCCUGUCAGCUCCUCCCGGGACCGUCUUCCCACCGGCUGUUGACUGCAGACUCCUCGAGGCUCCAAGGUGACUGCCCGCGCCUCCUGCCCAAGAGCCUGCCUCGGCCAGCUCCAACAGCAGUGAUGUUACACCUCAGUGUAGUCGAGACAGGGCGUAAAUUAUUGUUUGCAUUAAGAAGAAUCAUGUUCCCUGUGUACAUUUUUAAAAAAAAAAAGUCUGAAUUGUAUGGGAAUAAAACUUGUUUGAAAAUUUGGAAUAGUGCUGCUGCCAGCUUAUUUUUCUGGUACUUGUAUUUUCACAUGUUAAAUGAUCUUUAUAUAUGUUGGAUUAACAUAUUUUGAGUUUCCUGAGGGUGGGGAGGGGAACAUUAAUGGUAUUAAAAUGUGUUAGUAGUCUGGCUGUGUGCCCAAAAUUCUGUUUCGCAGCAAAAGUGGAGAACUGUAUGUAAAGAAAGUAUAACAAUUAUUUCUUUGUAUUUUAGGGGCUUUAACCAGGACAUCCUCUAGUUGGCGUUAGGAAUGUUUGCUUAAUUUGCAGACUUUUUUUUUUUAACACAUUGUGGGUUUUUUGAGGCUCCAACCUGAUUAGUGCAUGGUCAGCCAUCAGCAGAGGCUGAGCAUCUCUGACUGAGGUGUUCUCCGUCUGGCUUUGUUUUUUAAAAUCAUGUAUUUGCUACAAAGUAUUGUACUUGUCUCAAUGGGAAUGGUGUACAAAACUGAAAAGGCCUUACGUGAUAUGUAUCAUAGUUAAUAAAUCAA